UUCAUGAAUUGGGAAAAGUCAGGGUUUUUUAAGUGCUAGAAAGAGGAAAGGGGGGUUCAUGGGGGUGAUGCUAAUCUAAGAUUGAAAACCAGCACCCUCAUAGGAAAGAACAGUGCUGGAUCAAACAGGGAACUUUGUUCACUGGGCAGAAACAAGUCUUCAGUUAGGUCUAAUAAGGGUCUGGCCUAGGGGUCACUCAAAGUUCACAGUCCUUUAUCAGCUUCAGUUGGUUUGAACCAGUUGCGGUAUAACAUAGCAUCCCAUUUUGAUAUCUCCUAGGCAAGGGCUGUAAGUGGAAAAUUUUCCUUUUACAGUUGGGCACAGAGAAACCUGUUAGGAAGUUCUUGCAGAAAUCCAGGCAGAAGAUGAUGGGGCUCAUCCCAGAGUAUACCAUGGAGGUGAUGAGAAACAGCAACUGAUGGUUGGAGUUGCCCUGGAGACCGGAAAAGCUGUGGGUGGAAACGGUUUGGGGAGCAGAUUAGGAGUUCAUGUGAGUUUAAGAUGUCAAAUAGAUGCAGCAACAGGGACAGUGAGGUCUGGCUGGUGACAUAAAGUUGAGACUUGAAAAAGAGUAUAGAUGGUGUCAAAUACCAGGAGCCCAUGUGCAGUCAACCACUGGGCCAGUGAGAUGGAGCCCUGGGGACUCCAACAGUAUUUUCCCCUCCAGGUCCCAAAUUUUAAUUCAUAUAUAUUUUUAUUGCAAUGAAAGUAUUCUUGUAAGCCUCCUUAGAUAUUUUGUGGAAUGAAGUGGGAGUAUAAAUCAAUGAUCAUUGCAACUUUCACUGUGCCUCAUUUGGUGUUUUAAUUUCCCCCAAUUUAUUAGAUAUCAUUAUACAGAUAAGGAAACUGAGGCCAGAAUAGUUGAGUAGUUUGCCUAGCAUCAUGUAGCUAAUAAAGGCUGGGCUGGGAUUUAAGCCCAAGUUCACCUGAGUCCCUUUUAACUCUGCUUCCGAUAGUUUACUAAUCUGGGUAGAGAACAAAGUUGACUAGAAGGUGAGGAGUCCCAACUGUUUGUAGUUCUGGCAUGUUCCAACUUAGUGCAAUAGUCUUUAAACUUCAGCAUGUAUCAGAAUCACCCAAUGGCUUGUUAAAAGACAGACUGCAGGACCUCAACCCAGAGUUUCUGAUUCCACAUGGCCGGGAUGUGGUCUGCUAACGUGCAUGUCUGAUAAGUUCCCAGGUGAUGCUGACGCUGCUGGUCUGGGGACGACACUGUGAGAAGCACAGGUUUAGCCGCUUUUCGCUGAUUCUGCCAGUGAAAUAGCCUGCCAAAUGCCCAGGUCUCUCUAAUUCCCCAAAGGGGAUUAGAGGGGUGUCUGCUGCUAAUUGGAACUUCAGAAGGGUCCUUGGUGAUAAUUCCUUCGCUUUUUUUUUUCCUUUUUUUUUGGCCGCACUGUGCAGCUCGCGAAAUCUUAAUUCCCUGACCAGGGAUCGAACCCGGGCCCCGGCAGUGGAAGCUCGGAGUCUUAACCACUGGACUGCCAGGGAAUUCCCAGUUCCUUCAGUUUUAACGUAGUUCUCUCCUUCCCAAGGCACAUGGCUGUUGGGGGAGAGGGGAUGAUGGGGUGAUGGCGGUUCAACUCCAGGUGCUCUCCAACACAGUUUACCAAGCUGUCCAGUAAGUUCUUCUUUUAUUAUUAUUCUCCCAGCAGUCUCUUUGCCCUUUCCUGGGAACAAACUUCCAUCAUCACCCUUGUGACUCCCAACAUCCAUCAGGCACGGGGGGGUACAGGUAUGGUGGGCCCUAAAUGCUUACACAGCUAUUGGGGGUGGGGGGCUUAAAGAACAAGAACACAAGCUUAUAAACACACAAUUAGAUGCAGGGCCUUGGAAGAAACUUGUGCAAGAGAGGGGCCCUAAAGCUUAAGCUUCAUUAGCUUCAUGGGAAAUCAGCCUCUGAUCAAACAGGUCUGUAUAUGUCUAAGCUCCAAUUAUAGCCAUAUGCUUAGUUCCCAUGGGGCUCUUGAGCCUCAGGCUAAUCAGAGGAUGUGGUCGAUUCCUGUGUAAGAGAACCUGAGCAUUUCAUGGUUGAAGAGGCUUGUCUGCCCUGAACCUGGUAGUCGGUGAAGGGCUGCUGAGUCCUUGUGCCGCACAUUGAAGGUAAGUUUUGACCCAGCUAAGGCACUCAGUUACUUAUCCUUGGGCUUGAUUUCUUAGGUGAGUUAAAAGCCUUCCAGAUACAAACAUGGAAAAGCCAACUUAGAGAUAAUACUAAUUAUUCCUAUUUAAUUAUAUCGAGAACAAAAUUCGAUUAAAUUCUGACUCUAAUAUUCAGAAAAGUAAAAGUGCUUUUCAAAAAUCAGGGUAAGGCUAUUAAAAUAUAAAGUGCUUGCUUGACAAAGAAGACUACUGCAUAGGCUAGCACUGUGAGUUUCUUUUGUAAGUCUUCCUGAAAUUUUAUUUUCCCAUGUAGUUUGUUCCAAGACCUAUUAGGGGUGGACUUGGCCUUCAUACGAGGAUUCACUCAACAAAUCCUCCUAAGCAUAAGCAAACGGCUCUGUAGUUAGGGGAAGUUACUAAGAUAGUUACUAAAUUAGGAAUUAGGGGAAGUUACUAAUUGAUUAAAGAGGGAGUUUGUAGCGAACAGCCACGCCCACGAAAAACCUUGACCUAAGAUGAAAAGGGCAUCUAAGAGGCAUGAGGUGGCUUCCUGAAGGAAGAGAGACCGCAUUUGUGUUGAGCCUUGAAGGAAAUAUGUGAAUAAAAUGUCUUAAGAAUUAUUCCAAGACGGAGAAAGCCAGCAUGAACAUUGGACGCUGUUCUUAAGAACAGUCUGCCCUCUGCCUCCAGGGACACUGCUGCUUUACACACACACACACACACACACCCCAAAGGGCUUUCCCGCAGCAAAGUGGGCACAAUCCAAGGGCAGGAGGAUUCCAUUAAGCGUUCCUGGGUUUUAUGUCUUGAAGGCUACAAAGAUGAAUAGAGCAGGUCCGCGUCCCCAAGGCAGCGCCACCAGGAACUCAAUCAGGCCGUGGGUAUUCUCGAAGCGGCUGCGAGGCGGAGGUGCGGCCAGGAGGAGUCACUGGAAUGGAUUUUCCGCGCUGGGCCUCGAGGUCUGGACGCGCACUCAGUCCUCUAGAAGGCUCUCGCAUUGCAGUACGAGGGAUGCAGGGGUUCGUCCCCUGCUCACAGCAGCGUCCCAGCCUGCCCCAGCGCCCUGCAGCCCCUCCCCGGCACCGCCCCCGUACCAGGGCGGCUGCGCGUCCAGGACUCCCGGUCCUCACGUGAUCGCCGUCACUGCCUCCGCGAAGCCUGAGCCGCCAUCAUAAGUCCUGGCGGCUGGGCCCUGGCCUGCCUCCCUCCUCCUCCUCCCCGGCGGGCCAGCGGUGACGGGUUGGGGGGGUGCUGCCCUCGUCCCUCCGGGCCACUGAAGCCGAGGGCCUCCGAGGGCGGGACGAGGAGUUCCGACCCACGGACCCCGGGGCGGGCAGACAGACGGGCGGGCCGCCCAGGUGACGACACGGCGGGGGCGGUGCCGAGGGCUGCGCCCCGCCCCUCGCAGGCCAGCGCCCAGAGCCCGCGGCCCGUGCCCGUUUCCAGUAUGGCCGCCUGCUGUGCUUGACCCGCGGCCUCUCCGCUUCGACUCUCCGUAAGCGAUGCCGAGGCCGAGGCCGUGAGUGACACUCUCGCUCACACGCACGCACGGACCCAGACCCACGCCCGGAGCCCGAGCCCUGGGCCCGGAACCGCUCUCGCCCCCGGCGCCGCGGCCAGAGCCCGGACCACGGCUCCCGCGCCGCCGCCGCCGACUAGCCGAGAAGGACCGCGCCGGAUCUCGAGCGCGGCGGCCCGCGGCCGGCAGGGAUGGGGAAGCGGGCCGGAGGAGGAGCAGCAGGAGCCGCCGCCGCCUCCUCCACGUCCCCCGGGGCCGGUCUGGAGCCCGCGGCCAGCCGCGGCGGGGGCCCGCGGAGCGCGGCCGCCGGCUUCCUGGGAGCGCUGCACCUGGUGAUGACCCUCGUCGUGGCCGCGGCGCGGGCCGAGAAGGAAGCAUUUAUUCAGUCAGAGAGCAUAAUAGAAGUACUGCGUUUUGAUGAUGGAGGGCUUCUACAGACUGAGACAACACUUGGACUCAGUUCAUACCAACAGAAAAGUAUAUCUCUGUACCGGGGUAAUUGCAGACCUAUACGAUUUGAGCCACCAAUGCUGGAUUUCCAUGAACAACCAGUUGGAAUGCCAAAAAUGGAAAAAGUUUACUUACAUAAUCCUAGUUCUGAAGAAACUAUUACUUUAGUAUCAAUAUCUGCUACAACAUCACAUUUUCAUGCAUCAUUUUUUCAAAAUAGGAAAAUUCUUCCAGGAGGAAAUACAUCAUUUGAUGUAGUUUUCUUGCAAGUAGUAGGAAAUGUAGAAAAUACUUUAUUUAUUAAUACAUCUAAUCAAUGGGUAUUCACUUACCAGGUAUUUGGUAUUGGAGUUCCAAAUCCAUACCGAUUGAGGCCAUUCCUUGGGGCCAGAGUCCCUGUGAAUAGCAGUUUCUCACCUAUAAUAAACAUACACAAUCCUCACAGUGAGCCUUUACAGGUUGUAGAAAUGUACUCUAGUGGAGGAGAUCUUCACCUCGAGCUUCCGACAGGUCAGCAGGGAGGCACCAGGAAAACUGAAAUUCCUCCUUAUGAAACCAAGGGAGUGAUGAGAGCCAGUUUUUCGUCUAGAGAAGCAGAUAAUCACACAGCUUUCAUAAGAAUAAAGACUAAUGCUUCAGACAGCACGGAGUUUAUCAUUCUUCCAGUUGAGGUGGAAGUUACCACAGCUCCUGGAAUUUAUUCCUCAACUGAAAUGUUAGAUUUUGGUACACUGCGACACAAAGAUCUACCAAAAGUUUUAAAUCUUCAUUUAUUAAAUUCAGGAACAAAAGAUGUACCAAUAACAAGCGUUCGACCUACACCACAAAAUGACGCUAUAACGGUACACUUUAAACCAAUUACAUUAAAAGCUUCAGAAAGUAAAUAUACCAAGGUUGCAAGUAUCAGCUUUGAUGCUCUCAAGGCAAAAAAACCAUCUCAGUUUUCUGGGAAAAUAACUGUUAGAGCAAAGGAAAAGAGUUAUUCUAAACUUGAAAUACCAUAUCAAGCAGAGGUUUUAGAUGGUUAUUUGGGAUUUGAUCACUCUGCAACACUGUUUCACAUCCGGGACACUCCUGCUGACCCUGUGGAAAGGCCAGUUUACCUUACUAACACUUUCAGUUUUGCGAUCCUCAUUCACGAUGUGUUGCUACCAGAAGAAGCCAAACAAUGUUUAAAGGUUCACAACUUCAGCAAACCAGUCUAUCUUCCACAUGGAUCAGGAUACAUUACUCUGUUUUUUAUGCCAUCCACAUCAUCCAUGCACAUAGAUAACAAUAUUUUACUUAUUACCAAUGCCUCUAAGUUUCAUUUACCUGUGCGGGUAUACACAGGUUUUUUAGAUUACUUUGUAUUACCCCCCAAAAUAGAAGAACGUUUCAUAGAUUUUGGUAUACUGAGUGCUACAGAAGCAAGUAAUAUUUUAUUUGCAAUUAUAAACAGCAACCCAAUUGAGUUGGCUAUAAAAAGUUGGCAUAUCAUUGGAGAUGGUUUAUCAAUAGAACUCGUAGCUACUGAAAGAGGCAAUAGAACUACAAUAAUCUCAAGCCUUCCAGAGUUAGAAAAAUCCUCUUUAUCAGACCAGUCAUCAGUAAUAUUAGCUUCAGGAUAUUUUGCAGUGUUCAGAGUCAAACUUACUGCAAAAAAACUGGAAGGGAUUCAUGAUGGGGCCAUACAGAUCACAACAGACUAUGAGAUCCUAACAAUUCCCGUGAAAGCUGUGAUCGCAGUGGGUUCUCUGACUUGCUUCCCAAAGCAUAUGGUUCUUCCACCUUCUUUUCCAGGGAAAAUAGUUCAUCAGAGUUUAAAUAUUAUGAAUUCCUUCUCACAGAAGGUAAAGAUCCAACAAAUACGAUCUUUGUCAGAAGAUGUACGAUUUUACUACAAACGAUUAUGGGGCAAUAAGGAAGAUUUGGAGCCAGGGAAAAAAUCAAAGAUUGCAAACAUUUAUUUUGAUCCUGGACUGCAGUGUGGGGAUCAUUGCUAUGUUGGCUUGCCUUUUCUGUCCAAAUCUGAACCCAAAGUACAGCCUGGUAUAGCCAUGCAGGAAGAUGCUUGGGACGCUGACUGGGAUUUGCAUCAAAGCCUGUUCAAAGGGUGGAUGGGAAUAAAGGAAAAUUCCGGUCAUAAAUUGAGCGCUAUAUUUGAAGUAAAUACAGACCUUCAAAAAAACAUACUGUCAAAAAUCACUGCCGAGCUCUCCUGGCCAUCCGUCCUCAGCUCACCCCGUCACAUGAGGUUUCCCCUUACUAAUACAAACUGCUCUUCAGAAGAAGAGAUUACGUUAGAAAAUCCUGCAGAUGCUCCUGUCUACAUUCAGUUUAUUCCUCUGGCCUUAUAUUCCAACCCUUCCAUCUUUAUAGAUAAGUUAAUAUCAAGGUUUAACUUAAGUAAGGUGGCAAAGAUAGAUUUAAGAACACUAGAAUUCCAAGUCUUCAGAAACAGUGCUCAUCCGCUGCAGAGCUCAACAGGAUUUACAGAGGGCCUCUCCCGACAUUUAAUUUUAAACCUAAUUUUAAAACCUGGAGAAAAGAAAUCUGUCAAAGUAAAGUUUACUCCAAUUCACAAUAGAACUGUUUCUUCCCUAAUCAUAAUCAGAAAUAACCUGACUGUGAUGGAUGCUGUGAUGGUCCAAGGACAAGGAACAACUGAGAACUUGAGGGUGGCAGGCAAGCUUCCAGGUCCAGGGGGCUCCUUGCGCUUUAAAAUCACAGAAGCAUUAUUAAAAGACUGUACAGACAGUUUGAAACUAAGAGAACCAAAUUUCACAUUGAAAAGAACAUUUAAAGUAGAGAAUACAGGACAACUUCAAAUUCACAUAGAAACCAUUGAAGUCAGUGGGUACUCAUGCGAGGGAUAUGGCUUUAAAGUUGUCAAUUGUCAAGAAUUUGUACUAAGUGCCAGUGCCUCUAAAGACAUAAUCAUUUUGUUUACUCCUGAUUUCACAGCUUCUAGAGUUAUUCGUGAACUGAAGUUUAUAACAACCAGUGGCUCUGAAUUCGUAUUUGUAUUGAAUGCAUCCCUUCCUUACCAUAUGUUAGCAACCUGUGCAGAAGCCCUGCCCAGGCCCAACUGGGAGCUGGCUCUGUACAUCAUCAUCUCAGGAAUAAUGAGUGCACUGUUUCUUUUGGUAAUUGGAACAGCCUAUUUAGAAGCUCAAGGAAUUUGGGAGCCAUUUCGAAGGCGACUAUCCUUUGAGGCCUCGAACCCGCCCUUUGAUGUCGGAAGACCAUUUGAUCUCAGGAGAAUCGUUGGUAUUUCAUCUGAAGGAAACUUGAACACACUCAGCUGCGACCCCAGUCACAGUAGGGGGUUCUGUGGAACAGGCAGCUCGGCGUCCCGGCCCAGUGCCGGGAGUCAUAAGCAGUGUGGCCCACCCGUGCACGCACACAGCAGUCACAGCAGUAGAAACUCAGCUGACGUGGAAAACGUCAGAGCCAAAAGCAGCGCAAGUACCUCGAGCAGGACUAACGCCCAGUCGGCGAGCAAAGCCAGCGCCCUGGUCUUAGAUCCACAUGCCGUGGCCCAGGGUCACACAGCAGGCAGGAAGUCCAAGGGGGCAAAACAGAGCCAGCACGGCAGCCAGCACCAUGCCCACAGCCCGCUGGAGCAGCACUCGCCACCGCCACCGCCAGUGCCUCAGCACCAGGAGCCACAGCCCGAGAGGCUGUCCCCCACACCCCUCGCGCACCCUUCCCACCCAGAGCACCCCAGCAGCACACGGCACAGCUCGGAGGACUCAGACAUCACCAGUCUCAUCGAAGCCAUGGACAAAGACUUCGACCACCACGACUCCCCACCCCUGGAAGUGUUUGCAGAGCAGCCGCCUUCACCACUGUCGAAAAGCAAAGGGAAAGGAAAGCCUCUUCAGCGCAAGGUAAAACCACCUAAAAAGCACGAGGAAAAGGAGAAGAAGGGAAAGGGGAAGCCCCAGGAGGACGAGCUGAAGGACUCCUUGGCCGAAGACGACAGCUCCUCCACCACCACAGAGACCUCCAGCCCAGACACAGACCCGCUCCCCAGGGAGGAUACAGAAAAGCAAAAGGGAAAACAAGCCAUGCCUGAAAAACAUGAAAAUGAAAUGUCUCAAGUGAAACAGAAAAGCAAAAAACUCUUAAAUGUUAAGAAAGAAAUCCCAACAGAUGUGAAACCCAGUUCUUUAGAGCUACCAUAUACCGCCCCUUUGGAAAGUAAACAACGUCGAAAUCUCCCAACCAAGAUUCCUCUUCCAACUACAUUGACAGGUGGAUCCAAACCGCGAAAUUCCCAGAAAACAAAAGGUACAAACAAGUUAGUGGAUAACAGGCCACCUGCCCUAGCAAAAUUCCUCCCAAAUAGUCAAGAACUAGGCAACACCAGUAGCUCAGAAGGUGAAAAAGACUCUCCACCGCCAGAGUGGGAUUCCGUGCCCGUUCACAAGCCCGGCAGCUCUACCGACAGUCUUUAUAAACUCUCUCUGCAAACCCUCAACGCAGACGUCUUCCUAAAACAACGCCAGACCUCGCCGCCGCCCAGCUCCCCGUCGCCGCCCGCCGCGCCCUGCCCGUUCGCGCCCCGCGGCAGCUACAGCAGCAUCGUCAACGGCAGCCCCGGCAGCGACUCUAAAACAAAGCAGUCAAAUGGAAGCAAACACAAACUGACGAAAGCAGCCUCGCUCCCGGGCAAGAAUGGCAACCCCACUUUUGCUGCAGUCACGGCCGGGUACGACAAGAGCCCAGGUGGGAACGGCUUUGCUAAAGUUUCUUCAAGCAAAGCAGACUUUUCCAGCAGCCUUGGCGUGCCACACACUCCCGUUGACAGCGAUGGCUCAGACAGCUCGGGUUUGUGGAGUCCCGUCAGCAACCCCAGCAGCCCUGACUUCACACCCCUCAAUUCGUUCUCGGCCUUUGGAAACUCUUUUAACCUAACUGGUGAAGUUUUCAGCAAGCUCGGGUUAUCACGAUCGUGCAAUCAGGCCUCACAGAGGAGCUGGAGCGAGCUGAGCAGUGGCCCCUCGUACCUCUGGGACUCUCCAGCGACCGAGCCCAGCCCUUCCUGGCCAGCCAGUUCCGGUUCCCCGACCCACGCGGCCACACCGAUCCUUGGCAGCACCAGCAGCCUGUGGUCCUCCACUCCGUUCAGCAGCUCCAUCUGGUCCAGCAGCCUGCAUAGCACCCUCCCCUUCACCAGCCCUGCCAACGCGCUGCCAAGCAUCGGCCUCGUGGGCCCCGAAAGCCCCUCCGCUCCUCACACACCCUCCGCCGCCAGCCCCGCCGACGACCUGGGCCAGACCUACAACCCGUGGCGGAUAUGGAGCCCCACCAUCGGAAGGAGGAGCUCCGACCCCUGGUCUAAUUCGCACUUCCCUCAUGAGAAUUGAAAUUAGGCAAAAAAAGAAAAGAAAAAGAAAAAAGUGGGGGCCCCUCGUCUAGAUCAUGAUACGCCCAUUUUCGAGACAUCUUUUUAAGGCUCUUUCUUACCGCGGGAGCUUCCCACCCCCCACCCUCCUCAUCUUUGCAAAACAGACUCAAGCAGGGCAGGCUUGUACCACUCGCUUCUUUCAGAUCUUUCUUGCAAUUAUGAUAAUAUGAGAUUUGCUGUUGUGCUUUUAGAGAAAAGUCUGGACUCAGCCACAAACUCUAACAAGACCUGUACAUCUGAAAACCUUAACUGUUAUCAAGUUUCCACCACUUGUCUUCUUCCAUUCUUUAUUUAUCUGUAUGAACACAAAUUUGACAUUACAGCUAAGGAAAUAACUUGAGUUGAUUCAGAAGUCCUGGCAUGUGACAAUUUUAUUAAAUUACCAACUUUGGUUUUUAAUAAUUUCAAAAUAUUAUGCGCCAAGAUCUAAUUUUAAAAAUGUAUGAGGACUUUGUGCUGAAAAAUAGAGUAUUUUUUUAAAAUAAGGCUGUCUCGGUUUAAAAGCAGAUUACAGAAAUGUAAGUCAACUUUAAGAACAGUGAAUGAAUGUAAAAACAUUCGGUUGAGACCAUAUGCAUUUUCUGUGCUGUUUGUACUUGAGGUAUGUAACAUUUGUAUACCUGAAUUUAUUUUAAAGAUAAACUGAAAUGCACAUAGCCAAGUCUUGAGAUACAAGAUUGAAUGUGUAUUUCUUAAAAAUACAACUUUGUGUUGUACUUUGAAAUAAAUGAUGCUUUUUUCAAAAGCCUUGAA